CUCUCUCUCUGUCUUUCUACUCUUGCACAGUCUCUCCCUCACUCCCUCUUGUCUUUCCUCCUGGCUCAGCUGCUGCCGCUGCUGCUGCUGCUGGAGUGGCGAGGUGCUAGUGGCGGCGACAGUUUUAGUGGUGGAGGAGGAGGUGGUGGGGUGGGUGCAUGUGUUGGGGGUUUUCUCCGAGCUUUAAGGGAAAGCUGGGUAAACCAAUCCAGAUAGCAUAUAGAGAGGGGGUUUUCUCCAUCCCCGGCGAGGCUCCGGCAGCAGGAUUUUUAACUCUCGGUCUUCAGGAUGAAGCUCUGCGCGAGCGGAAGCUCAUUGCUGGAGCAGAAGGAGGACUUACGGAAAAGACUUAACUACACAACACACAAGCUGGAGCUACUGCAGAGCGAAUUUGACUCCACACGGCAGUACCUGGAGACGGAGCUGCGCAGAGCACAGGAGGAGCUGGACAAGUUUACUGAUAAACUGCGCAGAAUACAAAGUAGCUACUCAGCACUGCAGAGGAUCAACCAGGAUCUGGAGGAGAAGAUCCACAGAAAUUCACAGCACCACGAUGAUGAAAAGCGUGCUCUGAGCAGAGAGAUCAUCGUCCUCAACAACCACCUGAUGGAGGCAAAGCUCACCAUCGAGAAGCUUCAAGAAGACAAUGAAAUGUACAGAAAGGACUGUAACCUGGCUGCUCAGCUUCUGCAGUGCAACAAGUCUCUUUACAGGGCCCAACUCUCAGAGCUGCCUGCUGACUUCCAGGAACGCCUGACCAUGCACCUGGAGGAGUCUCCCCUCUGUCACACCUACUCUGACUCUGUCCCGACCUCUCUCAUUGCCAAAGUGCUUGAAAAGCCAGAUGAGGCUUGCAGCAGCAGCCAGGCCUCCCGCUCCCCCAGCCCGCAAACACAGGAACAUGCCUUUAUUUUGGAGAGUUUGGGUCCCGGAGAGCGUUUGGGGCUACGCGGAGCCUAUAAAACUGACCUGUACAGCAGUGACACAGCCCUGUAUUGCCCUGAUGACCGUCACCGUGAGCGGAGGCCCAGCAUGGAUAUUCACGGCGAGAGGAAGCUGCUGUACGGGCCGCAGAACUCCACCGACAGUACUCCAGAGGAAGGUUCGGUUGGGUUGAGAGCUGGCUUCUCCCAGGAGCACUUUGCUAAGUUCCCUCCCCCACUGGGUGCAGCCUCCAGUUCUUACUCGAGUUUUAGUGGAGGGGGGUCUGAGGACAAAGGCAACGGACCGCCCAGCAGUGCAGCUUCUUCCCCCCACCAUCACUCCCUCUACAUGGAAUGGAGGGAUGCAGGGGACUAUGAGAGAAAGAGUGACUCAUCCUGGGAGAGGGACAGUCCACGGGGCUUUGCCAAUGCUCAUCCCUUCCAACAGACAGAGCUGAGCCACCAUCAGAACGGCAGCUCUCCCGUCUACAGCCGUACCAUGUCCUCCUGUUUCAGUGAGCCCUAUGAGCCGCUCCCCCCAUCCUCCUCCCCAAGCGUCGCCUAUGGAGACAGCCGUAGAGGCAGCACAUUGGCCCCCGAGGAAGAGGAGCUGAUUGGUCGGUGGAGACAACUUAGCGUGGAGGACUUAAGUGCUCACACCUACCGCAGCCCAGGACGGGCCUCACCUUACAGCUUCUCGGAGCAGCACUUCUCCGUCCGUCCCGCCAAGAUUCGACUUGGGCCGCUCUACAGCAGUUUCCAGGAAGGGGCUGACUACUACCACCACGGAGUGGAUGUCAUGGACCCAGUGGGUAGCUGCCAGCCCAGCCCCGAAUGCAGCCCAGGGCUGCGCCAGGCUCACAGCCAAGCUCACCUGUACCGAGCUGAGGACAGUCAGGGGUCAGAGCACAGCUUGUACCACUCAGGGAGCUCUAAAGACAGGGAGGGAAAUGUCGCAUCUGGAGGCCAGAGCACUGAUUAUGUAGACCCCAGCCCCAACAGCUCCACCGAGUCUCUCCACCAGAGAUCUCUGGAGAUGGCCGCAGAACUGCAGCACUAUCAAGUGGAGAUGCACAGCGUGCCUGCACAGGUGAGCCAGUCGCCACCACCAGCCCCACCCCCUCCUCCUCCGUACAACCAAAAAUUUGGCUCCCUGGGACUUUCCAGGAAGGACAGUCUGACUAAGGCGCAGCUUUAUGGAACACUUCUGAACUGAAGGACUUUCCAAUCAGGUUGCAUCUUCAAUAGUAGACACAGAGCCCUGGUUUGUUCAGCUACACCUUCUCGUAGUGCAGCCAUUGUGAUGGCUUGAAUAGCAGCCAGGAACGAGUUAUUCAGUAUCAUGAACAUGUAACUAUUGCCGAUCAUUUAAAAGCACUGAUGGCGUGGCAGUGGAUGGCGAUUGUUUACAUUAUAAAUUUCUCAAGGCAGUAAGUCAAGUUAGGGGUCAGAUGUGGGGAAACGGACAAAGAGGAGCUCACAGAGUCCUUAAAACUUUUGAGAAUGUGUAUGUGUUAAACUACAAAUGUACAAAUAUAUACUAACUUAAAAUUGAGUGAUAUAUUUUGUAUGUAGCUGUCAGCAAGAGAUACAUUUAAAAAAAACAGUGCAAAAUCCUAUUGGUAAUUCUGGAACUUGUAAAUAAAAAAAAAAACUUCCACUGCUUUAUUCUAAAAACCCAGAGAGAGGUAUUUUAAUUGCCCCUUGAUGUGCACAGAGAUUUGUUUCAGUCGUUAUUUUUAAUCUGCUGGAACAGCGAUGGCCUUGUGAUGAUUUACAUUGAAAGGAAGCGAAAAAACAAAGACAAAUUAGUACCUUAAAUGAACCAUGAGAAACAUUUGUUUUGUUUUUCCUUCUCUUAAAUGGAUUUGACAGUAUUGAUGGGUGUGUUUUAUUGUUAUUGAUGGAACGUUUUGAUCUGUUUUAGCAGUCAGUAUUACUUUCUUUUUUGCUCUUCUAUAUCCCCCAAGAGAGAGGUUUCCUGUCCCCUUUCUACCUCAGAUUUGGAUGCCCACACCCCACCAAACCACUGUAACCCCGUUUAUUUCACAAUGAUGCAUGUUUAUAUAUUUUGGUUGUUUUGUUCGCCUAAUAAAGCACAAAUUAUACAUACAAACUCCCAGCCUUUAAUGUACACAUUUAGGGAUUUGAAAUGCCGCUGAAUAAAAGCGAUAUCAUGUUUUAAUAUCGCUCCGCUUUCACGCACAGUUGCAUAGCGAUCAGUUGUUGUUUCAAGAUAAUUACAUGUCUGCUGAUCCGCAGUGUUCAGCUGACUGACUGAACCGAGUGGAAGACCUUUCAUUAUUCAGACUCAGAUUGCUGAGUCACUAAGUAGCUCUGCUUUUUCACUGUUGGGAAAAAAAAUGUAAAAAUAGGUUAGUAGAGAAGGAUUUUUGCCAACAAAUUCAGAACAGAGAGGAAGUUUAUUUGUGUUUUCCCAGGAGUCAUCAUCAAGAAAAUACUACAGUAUAAGGAAAUGGAUCAUAUUCUGUGUGUUUGUGAUAUCUAACACACUAAUUUAGAGCUACUAAGGAAAAAUAUAUCAUGGUAUACUCCCCUUUGAUGUAUUAAAAGUGCCACGCCAAGCACUAAAUAAAAAGGGGUUGGACAAAAUACCUAAAAAUA